AUGUCAGCCAUCAAGAAAGAAGUACCAGAUCUCCUGCCUAUUGUCUACUCCAUAUUUGGUGCAUUCUCAAUACUGUGUGCAAUUCUUCAGUUCUGGGCUCACAGAAUAAGACGGGAUGAAGCUAUUGGAAACAAUCCUCAAUUUCUUAAAUUUCAGCGAGGAUACUAUAUUGUUUAUCUCAUUGCCAUGUUUGCUGACUGGCUUCAAGGACCAUAUUUGUACAAAUUAUAUAGCUAUUAUGGAUUCCAAGAAGAGCAAAUAGCAAUUUUAUAUGUCUUUGGGUUUGCCUCCACUGUUAUAUUAGGAACAUGGACUCCAAUAGCAGCUGAUCAAUUUGGUCGAAAAAAACUUUGUCUUAUUUUCACUGUGAUCUAUUCAUUAUCAUGUUUAUUAAAGUUAUCUAGAAGCUAUGGUCUAUUAAUAAUAGGAAGAGUGUUAGGUGGUGUGGCCACUUCGGUUUUAUUUUCAGCUUUUGAGGCUUGGUACGCCCAUGAACAUAUUGAAACUCAUGACUUUCCUAAAGAAUGGAUUUCAGUGACUUUUGCAAAGGCAUCAUUUUGGAAUGGAUUGUUAGCUGUUUUAGCUGGAAUGACAACCAAUGUCUUCUCAGAAUGGUUUGGUUUAGGUCCAGUUGCACCUUAUAUGAUGGCUGUACCCUUUCUUAUUUUUGUGGGAAUUAUAAUUUCUACCCAUUGGAAUGAAAAUUAUGGAGCUCAUAAAAUAAACUUUAGCAAAUCAUGUUGUGAAGGACUACGCAAUAUUUUAUCAAGUGAAAAGAUUUUUAUGAUAGGUGCUAUUGAAUCUCUGUUUGAAAGUGUCAUUUACAUUGUCAUAUUUUUAUGGACACCAAUACUGGACACUGGUCAUUCAGCUUUAGGACUUAUCUUUGCUAGUUUUAUGAUCAGUAUAUUGAUUGGUCAAGCUGUGUUUCAUAUCCUAGCGUCCAGAAGAAUACCAGUUGUGACCAUGUUGUUAAGUUCAACAGGUUUGGCCAUAUUGGCUAAUAUUAUUUGUGCUAUAGCGUGCCAUCCUGAUAAAAGAGACAUUAUCUCAUCUUAUUUAGCAUUCCUGUUAUUCCAGUUUAGUGUUGGGGUUUAUUUCCCAGCAAUGGGUUUUCUAAGGACUCAAAUAAUUCCUGAGAAUUUUCGCUAUAGUAUAAUGAACUGGUUUCGUAUUCCACUCAAUUUAAUAUCUUGUGCAGUUUUAAUGUUGCUACAUGAGGAUGUGUUCCAACAUGGUAACAGAAUGAUAUUUGUGAUCUGUGUUUUCUUGUUAUUUUUAGCUUUGCUGUCAGGAUUAAGGUUUUUAAAGUUGUCUAAAGGAGAUGAAGAAAUGAAACAAGAUAUGUAUAUGAUGGAAAGUGAAAGAAUUCAUAAUAUUUUUUAA